UGAGAAAGAGGGUGGGUCACAGUCCGGCAGCUGGCGGGAAACUCGCGUUUAUUCCGGUACUGUGAUCUGCUGUACGUGAAGGUGUUUACGGUUAAGUCCACAAGCGGUGUAGCUUCAAGAUCUUCCAGAAGCAACAACUCGCAACGAUUACACAGGAUGCCAAGUUGGGCCCUACCACCACAGGCUUACUUGGUCUUCCCAUAUGUUAAUACCUCGAUAUGAGUAAUCGAAAGAUAAAGGGGAUUAAUGCCCUAAAUGUCAGAUUUGUGGCUGAUGAAGAUGUUCUGAAACAUAUUUCUGAGGAUGCAGGUCUUAAAGUUCGUAAGUUAAGUGUUCCACAUACACUUGAUAUUAAAAAAUGGAUGAAAAAUCUGGAGACCAGCUCAGAUGAGGAAACCCAGGAUAUUUUUAAAGAACAGGAUUACGUGACUGCCCUAGAUGUCCAAGAGUCAAUGAGGAAUGGUUCCAGCGCAAGUGGUGGUGAUGUCUUUCCAUUCCAAACUCCAAAACACUCUAAUAAGAUGGCAGAGAAAGUUUCUGAGCUAAUUCAGAACUCUGCAAAGAAUGCAAAGCAAAACAAUUUGAAGAAGUGUGAGGAGAAAACAAACACUCCAGAAAUGAGCAGUAAAUGUUCUUCAAGCAAAGACCAAGAAGAUACUAAAAGGAAUGAUUUAUUAUCAAAAUUAUCUUACCGGACUCGGAAAAGAAUGACAGCCUUAAACAUGUGCUCUGAUAGUGAAAGUGAUUAUUCUGCUUCAACCUCUGAAGAAGGGGAUGAUGCUUGCUCAGUAUCUGCUGUUCUUCCAAAAAUCCCUAUCAGAUCCCAAACCUCUUCUGUUCCAUCUAACAAGGAAACAUCUGCUAAGAAGCUGAAGAGAUAUAUUUCUAGCAAUUUGGUAGAAGAGUAUUUUGAAGCACACAGCAGUUCUAAAGUUUUAACUUCUGAUCGAACACUGCAGAAGUUGGAGAAAAAAAAACUGGAUCAGGAAUCCCUACAAAAUCUCUUGAAUGACGUACCUGUUGCUUUUGCUGCUGAACGUGACAAGUUAAUGACACAACAUGAAUCCCUCUUCUACAAAUGGAUGUUGCAACUGCACUUGGGGUUCAAUAUUGUGCUAUAUGGACUAGGUUCAAAAAGAGAUCUGUUGGAAAAAUUUCGUAUUUCUCUUCUUCAGGAUUCAGUACAUCUUGUGAUAAAUGGAUUCUUCCCGAACAUCACCAUAAAAUCAAUUUUGAAUUCUAUAACAGAAGAGGUAUUGAAUCACAUGGGUACCUUUCGUAGCCCCCAGGACCAGGUGGACUUCAUCCUAAAAAGUUUUAAAGAAGAUGUUUCCUCAGAACUGUAUCUUCUCAUCCACAACCUGGACAGUAAGAUGUUAAGAGGAGAUAAAAGUCAGCAAAUCCUAGGACAAUUGUCUUCGCUUUCCAAUGUCUACCUCAUAGCAUCCAUUGAUCAUAUUAAUGCACCACUCAUGUGGGAUCAAGCAAAACAAAGUAUGUAUAAUUGGUUGUGGUAUGAAACGACCACCUUUAGCCCUUAUGCAGAAGAAACAGCCUAUGAGAACUCACUCUUGGUACAGCAUUCGGGGUCUUUGGCAUUGAGCUCCCUCACACAUGUUCUCUGCAGUCUUACUUCUAAUGCAAGGGGUAUCUUUAGGCUCUUGGUAGAGUACCAAUUGGAGAAUAAGGACAAUCCCUCCUAUUUAGGUCUUUCGUUCCAAGAUUUGUAUCAACGCUGUCGGGAGGCUUUCUUGGUCAAUAGUGACCUAACUCUUAGAGCUCAGCUCAUAGAAUUCAGGGAUCACAAGCUAAUUCGGACCAAGAGGGGUGCUGAUGGAGUGGAAUAUUUAUUAAUUCCUGUGGAUGCUGGAAUAUUGGCUGACUUUUUGCAAAAAGAUAAUGAUGUUUGAAGGCUCAUAAAUUCAAGGGCAAUUCUGUUAAGAACUGUUGGGAUUUUAUCCUACAGUUUAGCCAUUUUGCAGAUCUCAGGAGUCUAAUCUACCUGUAAUAAUGGAAUGUGAUACUGUAUAAACCAAGCCAAUUUUUAGCUGCUCAGGUUUCUCCUUUGCCAGUCUAUAUCAUUAUAGACCAAGAAAAUGUCAUCCACUGAUACUACUGUGCCUUCUGUUCACAAAUCUUCUGGAAAUAAGGAUUGAACUGGAGAACUUGUGCUUGAUAAUACAUGUGAUUGGCAUUAGCUUUUCGGCUAUUAAUUGGUGUAUAUUUAAUACAUUAUAGGCAGACCAUUAUUGAUCUUCAAAUGUGUGUCAUGUGAGAUGGAAGGAUUGGGUUAGGAAACUGGUUGGACUUGAGCAAAAUAAACUAUUGAUACCAGAGAUGUGGAUAUCAUCGUUUAUUCAAUUUUUAGCCUUAAUUGGGAACGAAAGAUUCCCCCAUAUAAGCCAUUUGAAAAGUAUGACAACAGCUGUUAUUUGUUUUUAUCAAUAAAAACUACUGCAAACAUGCUCAGUUAACCUGUUUUUCUUACCUAAUGAUUGUUUAAAAGCUGUCUGAAUAAAAACAAACAUGAAAUUGUAUCUUUUUAUAUGGCUCUGUUAUGCCAUGUAACUAUUACUGUCUUAGAGAAGAACUAUUUUUGAAAUACUGAGAGCUUUAACUGAAAAUAAACUGUUUCUAGACUCUUCCAAAACAUCUCUUUUCCCAUAUCACUCCUGAAGGUAACUUUGGCUUCAGAGGUUUAUGUGUUAUAUUGAUUUGGAUGAUAUAGGAAAAUAUUGAUUGCUGUUAGUGGAUGACAAAUGAAUCCAAAUCUGGUAUAAAAAAUGAAUAUACAGAAAGUACAGUUAGAAACUAGGGUAACAAAUAUUGAUUUGCCUCAGAAGGGACCAGCAAAAUUGAUCUCGGAGAAGGAAAAGAGGACAAGGAUACUGUAUUGGGGAAAGUAAAAUGACUCUGAGGCAGAUUAAAAAUGUAUAGACAGAAAGAAUAUUCAGUGAGAGAAUGCUGCUAAUUAGAAACUGUACAUAAGCUAUCCUCCAAUUUGAUACUCUCAAAAUGUAAAAUAAAAAUCUUGAGCAUUCAAAUGUAAUUUUCUCAGCUACAAUAAAGUCAUUUUGCCUUUUUCAACCA